GUGCUUUCCAGUAAGAUGACCGUGGCAAGCAACAGGCUCAGCAAAGGGACCAGAGCCAAGAUGCUGCGGAACCUGCUGGCUCUUCGGCAAAUUUCCCAGAGGACCGUAAGCACUGCUUCACGCAGACAAGUUGCGAACACAGUUCCAGAGAAGCAGAAGCUUUUUCAGGAGGAUAAUGGAAUGCCAGUGCAUCUUAAGGGUGGACUAGCUUCUGGUUUGCUGUAUAGAACCCCCAUGGCUCUAAUGGUUUUUGGAACAUGCUAUGCUGUUUAUGAGCUGUUUGUAGCUGCAAUGCCCAAGACAGUGAAAUGAUUCCAGUUUACAAGAUGCUUCCUUAAUUAACAUCUUUGUCCAAUUUCACGUAAUUCUUCGGGGAUCUUGCUUGUCCUUGUCAUA